AUGGAGGAGAAAUGGGAUGAAAUCCACAACCUGCUUUUUACUGGAUCAUACCCUGAAGGGUAUGACAGAAGCCAAAGGCAGAAUCUAAGGAGGUAUGCCUCAAAAUUUCAUCUGAAGGAUGGUGAGCUCUUCUUUGGCUCAAGGAGAGGAAUUAAAAGUCGAGAGGAGACCAGGAGGCUCUUUGAAGAGUUUCACGCUUCUCCUAUCGGAGGCCACACGGGUAUCCGUAAAACCCGGAGUGCCAUAACUUCCAGAUAUUACUGGUAUGGCAUGUCUGUGGACAUUGAUAAAUGGGUCAUUGAUGCAUACCUGCAAUGCCUCAUUGUGGAGCACAAGAUCAAAUUUGCAGCUGAAGACAUAUGGUUGUGCCCUGUAAACCUGUCCUCACACUGGAUUCUUGUGAUCAUCAACAUACCGAUGAGGACGAUGGAGGUCGUAGAUCCCAUUGGAAAUGAGGACUCAUAUAAAAGGAAAAUUAUUCGCAACUGGAGAAACUUUCUAAAGAAGAUGGGAAGGUUAGAGGACUCGUGGCACUUAAAGACACUGGAACAUCAUAAACAGCAGGACUCCAGUAGUUGUGGAGUAUUGGUGCUUGAGUUUGCCAAAAACUACAUCUUCUUCGGUGAGAUCACGGGAGUGCUAACUACAGAUGAAGCUAUUGCGCAGGCUCGACAGCAGAUAGCCUGUACCCUACUAGAUCAUAGGGGCAACGCAGAAGACUAUUGUGUGUUAUGCUGCAUGAUCGAAAGUGAUGGAGAGUCCAAUGUGAUUGAAAUGGUGCAGUGUCAUAGGUGUAACAGGUGGGCCCAUUUUGAAUGUGCCCAAUAUUUCCCCCAAGAUGGCAAGAACAACAGUGAAUAUUGUUGUACAAAAUGCAAAUAGUUGUGAACAAAAAUUAUUGUGUGUGGUCUUCCAUUUUCUCCCAGAUCAAAAUUUGGAUCUGCAUCGUGGAUGUAGUUACUGAUUAUUGUCUGCACUUUA